AUGGUCGAGCGUGGUACUAUCAUGAGGGUAAACGGUGCUCCUGCUUCGGCUAGGAAAAUGUUCUUUUGUCUCGUUGUACUCUUGUCUUUGAGCUGGCCGCACGUAAUAGGAACAGGAAACACGCACCCGCGGGAUGAAGCGGCGUUUGAUCAGAUCGCAACUGCGUCGGAGAACGUGGCGCAAAAUGCGGAGAAGCCAGAACAGAAACCGGAGUUUCGAAACCAGUUGAUAACAUCUAUGAUAGAUACCACCGUACACUAUGAAAAUUCAAAUGGGUUUGUACCUAUUUUAGUAUCUUCAUCGCCAUCACCGUCUGAUCUAUUCGGGCAACCGGAUGCUACGUCGUUGAGAAAAGAGAAAGAAUCAAUUAACGUUACUUGGAAUAACUUUUUAAACGAGCGAGUAAAUCCGGCCAACACCGAUAGCACCAACGAACAGAUGGUUCCACAAGAAACGGAUAACCUCGAGGACGAUCCUGUUUAUUCCACGGAAGCGAGAAUAUUUUUAAACUUUCCUAAUUUGAGCGCAAAUCGUAGAUCGUUCGAGUAUCAAGGGGACCAGAACAAUUUCGAGCUGCUUAAAGUUAGGAACGACACACCGGUGGUUGCCACUUAUACAGAUUUAUACGGGGAAGCGUUGGAUAUCAACGAAAACGGAGACGAAAAAACGCGAUCUACGUCGAAACAUAAAACUCAAGGGAACAGGCAGAAAGUGGAAGAUUAUAUGGGAAAUUAUGGAACAAUCGUGUCCGAAAAUAACAACGAAGAUAAUUCGCAUAGCUAUUACUAUUCUCCUAAUUCAGCGAAGGAUACAGGGAAGAAGAGUCGCGAUCAAGAGAAAGUUGGCAACAAUUAUCAACAGCAAAAUGUUCUCAGUUACGACGGUCACGGACAAAGCGCAGCUAGACAAAACGAGCCAGCUGUGUCGUCCUUCCCAAGGCUGAACGACGAGGUUAGUGUCUUUUUGAAGACCAACGCGAAGAACGGCGGUGAUUCUUACAGCAUCGCGCCUUCGUCCCCUCAAGUUCCGAAGAAUCACAAAUUUUCCCAUCCUGUCGUGGUUGCUGAACCAAAUUACAAAUUUCAUCAGCCGUCCACUAUAUCCUCUUUCGAUAAUCACCAAACUUCGAGGAUAAUCGAUUCGGUGAGCUCCGAAGUGUCGCAUCGUUACACGAUGAACAACAGAGAUGGAAGAUUUCGAAGCGACGAGGACUCGAGAGACGUGUCGGAUGAAGGUGAUUACGGGGAGUACACGGAGAGGCCUAGAAGAGUUCAGAAGAGCAGAAGACGACCUAGCAACAGCUCGAAGCGUCUCCCGAAAGAACAUCGAGGGAAUCUCGAUAGCGCGGAGCAGGAAAGCCAGGGUAAGAGACAUCAUUCGUCGAGAUCGAAGUCGCAUCGUCAGAAAGUAAGGGGCAAUUCAUGGGCAGACGACGAUCGGCAUCAAGAUCAAGACGAUAGCUACGAAGACACGAGGUACGAUGGUAGAUUUUCGGCCUCGGAAAUGAGGCACGUGAAAUCACAGAAGUCUAAUUUCAAGCCGAGCAGUAGCUGGAACCAGAUCUCUCCGAACCUUGAGAUUUCUCAUUCGAGUGGUAUUGAAAUCGGCCAACUUGAGAAACCGAAACUCAUCGUGCCGGUCAAAGUGAACUUGGUACCAGUGGCAAACUUUGAUCACGCAACAGCGAUCGGUAACAGUCAAGGCUUCGACGUCUCUAAUGCAAUCUUGCACAAUAUCGUUUCAGCCACGCCACUUAGCGCGGUAAGCACAUCCGCUCCUGAGAUAAGCACAGGCGAAAAUGUGAUCGGCAACGAUGUAAAGAUAAGAGUAUCCACGCCCCUGCCAGAUAUUAUCGUUGGCCAGAAUAACUUCCACAAUUCGAUGCACGCGAACCUUAAACCCCAAUACGUAUCGAAUACAGUCGCUCCAGUUUUUGCGGUUACUCCGAGCUUAAACCAUAACUUGCAGAGCAUCUCGGCUCAAGAUGCCCAAGGCACGGCUACAUCUCGGCCAGCAGUCGUCACUACCUCGAAUCAAAUGUCGGCGAACCAUAUGCCGCAGCUAAUACUCCCGCAGCCAACUUUUCAGACUAUCUCAACGUUGAUGCAGACGCCAGUCAUCGGCUCGGAUUAUAUCCAGGUGAAUCCUCACGGGAUACACGGCCAAAAUCCUAUUAGUCACGGUAAUUUGCAGGUGCAACCGCUUCCAACGAUGCCCACGAUUACACCGACGCCACAGACUAUACCAGUCACGAAGAUCAACUUAAUAACUUCUGAAUCGCAGAACAAGAAGACCAUGCUUCCCGGUACAAGCACGAAUUUCUUGGCCUCGGCAAGCUUUGCUGUCGGCCAUGACGAUCAAGGGCAAACACUCAAUGGUAAUCCUUAUUAUUUGGAAAAUUCCAAUUCUCAAGGAGUUAAGCCUCAGGUACAGGACAAUCUAUAUCAACAGUCGUUGAAAAACAUUAACGUAGCACCGAAAACGAAAACCUAUCUCCAAACGACGCAUCUGCUACCAGCGGUCUUCAAUCCUAUGCCAACGUUCACAACGUUAUCGGCCAGUACUCCGCAAAUACUUUCCGAACAGCAGAACAUUCAAGGAACGAAUUUUCUGUUGCAACAAUCUCGAGAUCAGGGCCAGCAAUACUUGAGACAAAAUACCGGUUUCGAUAAUAGCGCGUCAACGUUAAAAAACAUCAAGCUUCCAUCGCUCGCGUAUCAAAUGAUCGAUAACACGGCUAGUCAUAGUACCGAUAAUAUUAAUACGUUAAAUGCGUCACCAAGUGUUUCAGGAAUCAUCGGGAAUGCCCAUUUACCGCACGUUGGCACGAGAAACGUCGAAAUUGUCAAUCCGAAUAUCAAACCGAACCCGAUAGAUACCACGAUCAUAAAUUCCUACGAGUCGAUGAAUUACCCGACUGCUGUUUUAACCACCUCAAUUCCUAUGUUCUCCACAACCAGCUUCGUUACGGCUAAACCAGCCAUAUUUUCGACUACCGAAUCCACGAACGUGCAGAAUGUGAUGAAUGCAUUUACGGAUAUAAGCUCGAACAAUAAUCAAGGCAUCGGCAACGAUCUGAAGGGGUACCAGUCACAGGACAAACCUAUGUUUAACCCGAUCAAUUUCGUACCAAACAUGGAUGUCGUAAAAAAUCAAAAUGCGUUGAACAACAAGCUGCAGGCCAAUGAACCGCUUCAACAAAAUCUAAAUCUAGUCCCAUUGCUGCCUGGAGGUAAUUUCUUUAAACCUUCUUUUUCUGCGCAAAGCGAACUCUUGGUAAAACCGAAAUUAACUUUAGAUCUGAAGAACUACGCGGAGCAAAUGUUCAAGGAAUCUCUGAAGACUAUUUAUAAUUCUCAGAAGUGGAACAACGAUCGAAAACCAGGCAACAAUCGUAAUAACGCUACCGACUUGUCGGACAUUGCGAAACUGAAGAACGAGCUGCAACGAUUGAAAGCUUCGCUGUUCGAUUCAAGGCAAAACAAAGAUCAACUGGAAGCGCAUCAUAGCGAAACAAAGGUACGAACAACCGAAUUACCUGGUAAGAAGCCGGAAGAGAUGAUGGCCGCGUUGGAACAAAUGCUGAAGAAAAAUCCAAAGAAUUCUUUGCGCUCCUCCCAUGGAAAUAACAAACCGUAUCGACAGCGCAGGCCUCAAGAUCAAGACAAAUAUAAUUUUGGAUCGAACAAUGACUUCAGAGAUACGAAACAUGUCAGAGAUUUCCUGACACCACCGCAGUUAAAUUCGCAUCGUACAAAAAGUCAUUUACGUGGAAAGCCAGGGAAAAAGAGACCAGGACCAAGCAGAUUUAAUAACCAUAAUCAUAAUCAUAAACAUAAUCAUCACCAUGGGCCAAGAUCACAUUCUAGAAGUAAUUUGUCCCAUAAAUCGGCAACCAUUGACUCUUCCGGAUCAAAUAUCGAUCCAGUUCAUACCGAUGGCUCGCCGAAACACGACAACACGCAAGAUUCGAAGCAAUUUAGAAAAGGCUCCCCAUUUGAUUCACACGCUUCGCCCUCCACGUUGUCUCGCGAGACAAUUAAUUUCCCUAAACCGUCCAAACAGCACAAAGAUAGUAAAGAGAACGCUUACAAUCAUCCUAAGGUGCAUAAUUUCCUUGGUUUACUGAUGAAAAACAAACAGUUACCCAACGGAGCAACGCCGAACUACUUUCGCGACAAAAAUCAAUUGAAUAAAUUUUUCGAAAAUGAAAAACUGCGGACGCAGCAGCAAUUUUACGAUGAUACUUUGAAGGAUUAUUAUCAGAAAAUGACCGAUGGUAUGUUGUAUUCCAAUUUGGGGCAGACCGAUUCCAGCGCUCGAAGAUCUUUGUCGGAAAAGAGAACCGUUUAA